AUGAGUGCUGGUGAUUGGAAGCAAAUUGCAAAGGCAAAGAAAGAAUCUGUUGACAAGUUGAUCCCUAAAGAAUGGAGGCUACCGGAAGAUAUAAAAUUGACAUACAAUGAAACUACCCCAGUUAGUGUCAUUGGCUUGCACAAGACUUUUGGGAUAUUGAAUGACAAAGAAGUUGAGAUUACUGAAGGAUACACUGCUAAUGAAUUGUUGAAGCAUAUUGCUGAUAAAAAAUUCACCUCAUUAGAAGUUGCAACUGCUUUUUGUAAAAGGGCAGCCAUUUCAACCCAAUUGACAAAUUGCUGUACCGAGUUAUUGUUUCAAGAAACUUUAGCUAGGGCUAAAUGGCUUGAUGAUUAUCUUGAAGAGAACGGGAAUACUAUUGGUCCCUUACAUGGUUUACCAAUCUCAAUCAAGGAUGCGUUAAAUAUUAAAGGGUUUGACUCCACUGCUGGUUAUGUUUCAUUUAUUGGCAACAGGAAGGAUAUCAACGAGGAUGCUGCUAUCGUUAAAUUGCUUUUCGAGCUUGGUGCUAUCGUCCAUGUAAAGACAAACAUCCCAACAACAAUGAUGUCUGCUGAUUCUGAAAAUAACAUUUUUGGAAGAACUUUGAAUCCAUUGAAUUUGACUUUGACAGCUGGUGGAAGUUCUGGGGGUGAAGCAAGUUUGAUUAAACAAAGAGGUUCAUUGAUUGGUAUUGGAACUGAUAUUGGUGGCUCCCUUCGUAUUCCAGCUGUAUGUUGUGGUGUCUAUGGGUUUAGACCAAGUAAUUUUAGAUAUCCACAAGAAGGCCAAGUUGAAAAGGAAAGAAUAAAUUAUUCCACUCCGGUAGUUGCUGUUACUGGUCCAAUGGCCUUUGAUCUGGAAAGUUUGAAUCAAAUGAUGAAAUUGGUUUUGAGUAAUCCCAAUGCUCCCAAAUAUGACCCAACUUUCCUGGAUUUACCUUGGAAUAAUAAUCUAGUAUUACCUCAAAAGAUAAGAGUUGGUGUUGUGUUAGAGUGUGAUUCUGUUCCUUUACAACCACCAAUGAAAAGAAUCAUUAAGGAAGCGGUGAAAAAGCUUGCUGAUUCUUCAUCGUUUGAAAUUGUCUACUUGCAAGAUUUUCCUUCUUUUGAAUAUUGUUGGGGUUUAUUAUAUGGUUACAUGACGUCUGAUCCAAAGAAAGAAAUUAUGACAAACUUGACAAAAUCCGGUGAGGAAAUUAUUAAAUCAUUACUUUUAUUAUUUGAAGGUAAUAAAUCUUUCAAGACACCAAUUACUUUUGAAGAUUUCUAUGAACUGGGUGAGUCAAGAAGUCAAGUUAAAAAACAUUGGUUGAGACUUAUCAAUGAUGAGAACUUGGAUAUUAUUUUGUCGCCAGGUAGUUCACAUACUGCCCCAAAACAUGAUACUUAUGGUAACUCUCCAUACACUGGGAUGUGGAAUCUGGUUGAUUUCCCAUCGCUUAUUAUCCCAUUUGGUAAAGCCGAUGCAAGUAUUGAUUUGGACGAUAAGUCGAUCAAAUACUGCUACGGAACGCUACAGAAUUAUGAUAAAGAUGUACAUGAGGGAAGUCCAGGUCAUAUUCAGCUGUGCUACAAGACAUUGAAAGACGAAAAUGUAUUGAGAAUUGGUGAAAUUGCUGACAGAGUAUUGAAUGAGCCCAGGGGCUAG